CGCCGCUCCAUCCGAGAUUCCGAGGCACCGCACAGCACAUCCGACGGCCGAGGCGCCACCGCACCAAACGCAUAGGCGGCGGCCGGCAGCACCUUUGCCGGACGGAUCCGCCCGCCUCCGAGCAAGGAACACCCGCAGGAAGCGGCGGAGACCAACCGGUCGGGAACCUCCUCUCCUCUUCCUCCCUUCCGCCGCCCCGGCUCCGCGACAUGGGCGCGAAUGGCGCGCUGGAGGAGGAGAGGCCGCGGGCCGACGGCGGCGACGAGGAGGGCGGGGCGACGGUGUUCCGGGGCACCAACUACUCGCUGCCGCGGACGAUCGCCGCGCUGGCGCUGUGGCUCGGGGGAAUCCACUUCAACGUCCUCCUCAUCCUCGCCUCCCUCUUCCUCUUCCCGCUCCGCCUCGCCGCGCUGGUGGUGGCGUUGCAGCUCAUGUUCAUGUUCAUCCCCCUCAACGACGAGGACAAACUCGGCCGAAAAAUCGGCAGGUUCAUAUGCAAGUACGCCAUGGGGUACUUCCCGAUUAGCUUGCACGUGGAGGACUACGAGGCCUUCGACUCCAGCAGGGCUUACGUGUUUGGCUAUGAACCGCAUUCCGUGCUGCCCAUCGGCGUGGCGGCUCUGGCCAACCAUGUCGGGUUUAUGCCUCUUCCUAAGCUCAAAGUCCUCGCGAGCAGAGCGGUGUUCCACACCCCAUUCCUGAGGCAGAUAUGGACGUGGAUAGGGCUGAUCGCGGCAACGAGGAAGAAUUUCUACUCGUACCUUGCGGCGGGUUACAGUUGCGUCGUGGUGCCCGGAGGUAUACAGGAGAUUCUUCAUAUGGAUCAUGAUUCCGAGGUUGCUUUCCUUAAAUCAAGAAAAGGGUUUGUCAAGAUAGCUAUGCAGUCUGGCUGCCCUUUAGUCCCUGUCUUCUGCUUCGGACAGAGCAAAGCUUACAAGUGGUGGAGGCCAGGAGGCAAAUUGUUUGUGAACAUUGCUAGGGCACUUAAAUUUACCCCUAUUAUCUUCUGGGGAAGAUACGGGACGCCGAUCGCUUUCUCGUCACCUAUGCAUGUGGUUGUUGGAAGACCCAUUGAGCUGAAGAAAAAUCCUCUGCCUACCAUUGAUGAGAUAAACGAAGUGCACGGGCAAUUCAUCGGCGCCUUGCAAGAACUGUUUGAGAAGUACAAGACGAAAGCCGGAUAUCCCGGCCUCCAUCUGCGAGUCCUAUAACACUUUGCUUGUGGAGAAUAAGCGGCUUGUAAUGUCACGGCAAUUCACCGACACCUGCGGCCUGUUCGAUCACGGCAAUUCACCGACACCUGGGGCAUGUUCGAUCGUCGCGCGAUCGUUAGUAGCAAGCUCCGGUUAGUUGAGUUGUUACACGGCCAUGAUGCCUGGUACUGGCGCAUGUUUGGUGAUCGACCACACGGCGCAUCUGAUGUAACAGAAUCGCCACUGGUCGCGGUUGCUCGUAAUAAGAAGUAUGUAAAGCCUUGCACAAGUCGAUCCUUGAGAGGAGGUCUUGGUUC